AUGAGACGCUGCUCUCGUCGGAACCUGUGCCGCCUCACGGGUGGGAAGAGCGUACUACGACUUUCGGAGACACGACAGUGCGAAACGACAAAGCCUACACGACAGCAGCUGCUCGCAUGCCGCAUCGGUGUUGGUCUCCGUUUCGCGCUCCCGUUCUUCUUCCUGUCGUUUCGCUCUCUCCCUCCACCAUCUGCUCCAUACACACACACAAUGACGUUGCUGCAACUUGGCAUCUGCGCCAGCUCCAUCUACACCACCUUUUUGAUAUGGGGUUUGCUACAAGAACGACUCACAAAGACACCGUAUAUCGCACCGGCGACACUGCUGCAUCCUAAUUCUCAGCCAGAGUACUUUCGCUCGCCACUGUUUCUCAACACUGUUCAGGCGUUGUUCUCGUCGAUCGUCGCGUGCGUUUAUCUGCUGGCACGAAAUCGAGGAACCGACAAGCCCGUCAGUCAGAUCCUCGGCUUGCACACUUUAACUCCGAAUGGGAUCGCACCAUCGCAGCAGCAGCAAGAGAAUGGAUCUUCAACGGCAGCGGCAAAUGGAAAAGCUGCUCCUACAGCGCGUCGUCGAUGGAUCUCUCCGCUGCUCUCACGUUACAUCCUCAUCGCAGCCCUUCAAAGCACCGCCUCUCAACUAGGAUUUCUCAGCCUACGAUACAUCUCCUACCCGACGCUGACGCUAGCCAAGUCGUGCAAGCUCGUCCCGGUGCUAGUCAUGAACGUUGUGCUGUACAGGCGGAAAUUUGCAGGGUACAAGUAUGCGGUGGUGGGACUGGUGACGUUGGGGAUUUGGUUGUUCAUGGCAUUCGCACCUGCUAAACCGACCAAGAAGGGCGCGAGGGAGAGCAGCAGCGUUAUCGGUCUGCUUCUGUGUCUGCUCAACUUGGUGCUCGAUGGUGCGACGAACAGCACCCAGGAUCAGGUAUUCUCCAAGUUCGGCAGAAAGACCGUCUCAGCAGGUCAGAUGAUGCUCGUCAUGAACAGCAUUUCGUUCCUCCUGAUGUUCACCACCCUCUCCCUCCCGUUACCCUUCCUCUCGAACUCCGGACAACCAACCCAACUCUCAACAGCCCUAUCCUUCACGGCGAAACACCCGGAAGUGUGGCGCGAUAUCAUCGCCUAUGCACUCGCAGGCGCAGUAGGUCAGGUGUCGAUCUUCGAGACUCUCGAGAGGUUCGGCAGUCUGACCCUGGUGUCGAUCACGGUGACGAGGAAGCUCUUCACGAUGCUGCUGUCGGUGGUUGUGUACAAGCACGAGCUGAGUGGGGCGCAGUGGCUCGGGGUGGCGGUGGUGUUUGUGGGCAUCGGGAUCGAGGCGAGGGAGAAGAGGAGGGAGGGGUUGGCGAGGAAGGUCGUGCAGGGUGGGAAGAAGGCGCUGGCUAAGGAUGCGUAG